UACACCACAUCAAAUUCCCACAACACUACCAAAAUCAAAACCCAGCAGAAACCAUGGGUUCUUGCAUUAGCAAAUGCAGCCCCAAAUCCCAGUUCCAAAUCGAAGAAGACGAUCAAUUCUGCAAUCAAGUCCAAGACAAGCUGGUAAUCUCAACCCAACCUCCUAAACCUACCACUCCAAUUCCCUCUCAUCAUCAUUCAAACAAAAUCUCUCCCUUUCCUUCUUCCCCUUCACAUUCCACUUCCUCAGCUUCUUCCUUCUCUUAUUGCACCACCACCACUACUAACUCUAACUCCACCCUCAGCUCAUCGAGCUCAACUUUAUCAAGCAGCGCUUCUUCGGUUUCGAGCAGUUCAAAGAUCGACCGAUCCUUCUCCAACGAGUUCUUGUGGUCUUGCUACAAAGAAAACCCGCAUAUAUCUCGCAUAGCUUCAAUCAAGGAAGCACAAAAACCAGUUGCGGCGGCAACGUUGAGAAAACACCACCACCACUACCAGCCUAGCCCAAUAAACAGAGGAAAUGGGAGUCCUCAAACAACGCCGCAGAAGAGAGUCCGCACAAGUACUUCACCAACUCUAAAGCGACAGAAGAGCUUCCGUAAAGAGCCCGAGAAGCCCGUGAUCUCUAGAAGCUUAAGGUCGCCGUCUCCGAGUAGAAGGUUCAAUGUUUCAGAGAAGAACAGGGGAACAGUUAUGGCCAACCCGCCAAAAAUUGUUUCAAAUAUCAGGCCGGCUAGUCCGAACAACAACCCAAGUGGGUUAAUGGCUCGGCCUUGUUUGAAGAGUCCUGCGAGAGAGACGCAGACUAGGAUUCACAGGAUCAGUUCCAAAAUCGAUGAAGUUGCAGUUAGAGAAGCUCUGGCUCAUGACCAUUAUAUGGAGUCUGUUCCUGAGGACAUUGAUAACCCUUUAAUCUCUUUGGAUUGUUUUAUUUUCUUGUAG